AUGCGCUCGUGCCGCUGGAGCGUCGGCGCCCUUCUGAGCAUUGGCCUCCUCACAACUCAUUGCGGCGCGGCCGACUCCGCGAUACCUUCGAGAUGGGGGCUGGGCAACGACUUUACGCUUUCGUGGUCCGGAGGCAACUCGCAAGAGGUUGUCAUUCAGCAAAACGAUACUCCCAUCUGGUCGACCUCUAAAGACCACGGCUUCGUCAGCGCCAGCUCGGGUGACGACGUCUUUGCCGGGGAGAGCGGCAACUUCAAAAUCACACAGGUCGACGACGACAAGUGCGACGGCCUCGACGUCACGGAGCUCUCGUACGUGCCCUGGAACAACAGCCUCACCUGCCACAGCGUGGCCGUAAGGGGCCAGCUGCUCGACUGCGGCGGCUCCGGCGAUGGUUCCGGCGAUGGUUCCGUCGGGGGCAACUUCUCGGCGUACUUUUGGGUCCCGCAAGACCUGCCCGACCGCGUCGCCUUCCAAGUCGACGUGCAUCGUGCGACCUCGUCGGGGGCGAGCCCGAGCCUGCCCUUCACCAAGACGUACCUCAGCUUCCGCUCUCACGCCGACGAGGACUUUUACGGCCUCGGCGCGCAGGCUUCCUUCGCGUCGCUCAAGAACCGCUCCGUGCCCGUCUUCUCGCGCGAGCAAGGCGUCGGCCGCGGGGACGAGCCCACGACGCAGAUCCAGGACAUUGUCGGCUUCUUCGCCGGCGGCGACCGCUUCACCACGUACACGGCCAUCCCGCAGUACGUGAGCACCGACGGCAAGGCCCUGUACCUCAAGGGCGGCCGCACCGCGUACGCCAGCUUCGACUUUACCCGCGCGGACGCCGUGACGGUGCGGUACAGCGGGCGGAGCGUCUCGGGCCAGUUCCUGCUGGCGGCAGGCGGGAUGCUCGAUGCGGUGGGCAAGACGACCGACUACGCGGGCAAGAUGCGGAGCUUGCCGCGCUGGGUCGACGACGGGGCCAUCAUGGGCAUCCAGGGCGGAGAGGCCAAGGUCGAGAGGAUCAUCAAGGAGGCGAGAGAUGCCGACUGCCCAGUUGUUGGUGUCUGGCUGCAAGACUGGACCGGCACCCGCCUGCAAUCGACGCCGACCGGAAUCAACAUCUCCCGCCUCUGGUGGAACUGGGAGUCCGACACGGCCCUGUACCCGCAGUGGCCUGCCUUUGUCCAGCGCCUGCGCGACCGCUUCUCCGUGCGCACGCUCUCGUACAUCAACCCUUUCCUUGCCAACGUCAGCACCAAGGCGGACGGCUUCCGCCGCAGCCUCUUCGACGAGGGACGCCGCGCGUCGUACCUGGUGCGCAACCUCACGACCCGCGACGCGGCCAUCGUGCCCAGCGGGCCGGGCAUCGAGGCCGGCAUCCUGGACCUGCGCAACGCGGCCGCCCGGCGGUGGUUUGCAAGCAUCCUCGCCGAGCAGGUCUGGAACGCCAACAUCUCGGGCUUCAUGUGCGACUUUGGCGAGUACACGCCCGUGACGCGCGACACGGGCUUCGGCGGGGGGGGCGGUGACGACAAAAACGACGCGCUCGUCUACCACAACCGCUACCCGCGCGACUGGGCGUCCUUUCAGCAGGACGUCCUCGCGUCCCUCCCGCAGUCGUCGUCGUCGUCUGCGCGAGACGACGCCCUCAUCUUCCACCGCUCCGCGUCGCUCGGCUCGGGCCGGUCCAUGAACCUCUUCUGGGCGGGCGACCAGAGCAUCGCGUGGGCGCGCAACGACGGCAUCAAGUCCGUCGUCAGCAUCCUCGGACACAUGGGCAUGUCCGGGUACGCGCACGCGCACUCUGACGUCGGCGGGUACACGUCGACCUUUGUGUUCCCCAACGCCGAGCACCCGUACGGCGCCAUCGGGCGCUCCGCCGAGCUGCUGGGCCGCUGGGGCGAGCUCGCCGCCGUGUCGAGCGCCGUCUUCCGCUCGCACGAGGGCAACAUCCCCGGCAUCAACGCCCAGGCCUACACCAACGCCUCGACCAUGGCGUGGUACGCGCACGCCGCCCGCCUGUUCCGCGCCCUGGGCCCGUACCGACGCCACGUCCUGGACGGCGAGUGCGCGACCAGGGGGUGGCCGCUGCUUCGCCUGCCGGUGCUGCACCAUGCGGGCGACAGGCGGGCGCGCGGCAUCGGGUACGAGAGCUUCUUCCUCGGGCCGGACUUGUACGUUGCGCCGGUGCUGGACCCGGGCGUCACCAAGGUGGAAGUGUACCUGCCGGGCUCGUCCGUGGACACUUAUACUCAUGUAUGGAGCGGCGCAAGGUUCUCGGGCGGUGUCGACGUGACAGUCGAUGCACCGUGGGGCAAGCCGGCUGUGUUUGUUGUCAACGAUGCGGUCACCCCUGGACUGUCGGACUUGAUGGACUUUGUGCGCAAGGAGAACGCCACCAUCAUCCAUAUGUAAUGAAGGAGUAAUGCAGACCUCUGUCAUGUCAGACAAACACGAGCUGUUCACACAAAUGCUC